AUGGAUAUCCCUGCCAACGGCAAAAUGGUGACUGGAUUGUCAGUGGAUGUGAUUCCCGGACGUGGGUCCAAAUCUGAUGCUACUAAAACCGAGGUUCAAGACAGUUUUGAACACGAUGCCGAGCCCUCACGCGAGGUCUCGAGAAAGCGUCAAAGCCUGUCCGAUAUCUUUACAAUUUUCGCAAGCGGUUUUGCGCUGAUCAGCGAUGGAUACCAAAACAACCUCAUGACCAUGACCAAUGUUCUCCUCAAAAAGGAAUACCCCAAAGAGUACACAUCAACCGUGAGCACUCGUGUGUCUAAUGCACUGCUAGUCGGUGAGGUUAUCGGUCAGGUUGUCAUAGGUCUGACUUGCGACUAUCUCGGUCGAAAGACCGCUAUCAUUUUUACAACACUAAUGAUUGUCAUCGGUGGAAUUCUUGCAACUGCAUCUCAUGGAGUUACCAUUGACGGCAUGUUCUGGAUGAUGACAGUGGCGCGUGGUGUGGUGGGUUUCGGUGCUGGCGGCGAGUACCCUGCAUCGUCAACUUCCGCCUCGGAGUCUGCCAAUGACUUGACACCCAAGCAUCGUGGUCCAGCUUUCAUCAUGGUGACCAACUUCCCGUUAUCUUUCGGUGGGCCAUUUGCGGUAUCAAUUUUCCUGAUUGUACUGAUGACCUGUGGGCAGUCCCACUAUAGCACCGUGUGGAGGGUAUGCUUUGGGAUCGGAUGUAUCUGGCCACUGUCCAUCUUCUACUUCCGAAUUCGUAUGCUGAACUCGGCACUAUAUCGUCGUGGUGCUAUCAAAAAGCAUGUACCUUACAUGCUCGUUCUCCGGUACUACUGGAGAUCGCUCAUCGGGACCUGCGGUGCUUGGUUCCUCUACGACUUUGUCACUUUCCCGAACGGUGUUUUCUCAGGCACAAUCAUUUCAUCCGUUGUUAAGGACGGCACAAUCCGCUCGACAGCCGAAUGGCAACUUCUACUCGGAGCAAUCGCCCUCCCAGGUGUUUUCCUCGGCGCUCUCCUCUGCGACCGCGUCGGACGCAAGAACAUCAUGAUGAUCGGCUUCAGCGGGUACCUAGUCUUCGGGCUGAUAAUUGGCUGUGCAUACCAUCAAAUCACCAAGAUCAUCCCGCUUUUCAUCAUCUUUUACGGACUAAUGCAGAGUUCUGGCAACUUUGGUCCAGGAAAUAUGCUCGGUCUGCUUUCAUCCGAGUCAUACGCCACAGGUGUACGAGGAACGUGCUAUGGUUUUUCAGCUGCGGUCGGAAAAGCCGGUGCUGCUGUUGGAACGCAGGCAUUCCAACCUAUUCAGGCUCGACUGGGCAAAAACUGGACGUUCAUAAUUGCGGCUAUCUGUGGCGUUGUGGGUGUCCUAGUGACUUAUUUCUUUGUACCCGAUCUUUCCGGUGAAGAUCUGCGAAUCCGCGAUGAGAAAUUUCGAGCUUAUCUUGUUUCUAAGGGGUGGGAUGGUGCCAUGGGUGAAGACGAUCUUCAGGCCGCUGCGGAUCAGGGGAUUCCCCCGGUGAUUGCCCAAGAGAGCGCGCCCGUGAAGGAGGGUUAA